GAGCAGGGCUGCGGCUGCUUCCACUGCCUCCCCUGUGUCAGCUGCUCAGCUUUGUCCAUUAGAACCGAUUUUUAUCUGUCGUGGGGGUGACUGCUGUUGGUGGGUGGGGGUUGGGGAUUAAACCGUGGCUGUGGGCUGAAAUAAAGCAGCUUUCAUAGAGCGCGUGUGGAGGAAAAGCCAUCAUUGAGCUCAAAAAGGCGCGUGGGGGUCGGCUCGGAGGCGGGAAAUGGCGGCGCCGGAAGAGCCGCGGCUCCCGGCGUGCCUCGCGCCGUCGGAACCGGAAGUGUGGCGAACAGCCGGAAGUGCGGCCUGGCCGCGUUGCCGUGGUGACUCCGCGCUUGCUACGUAUCCAUAGCGACGGAGCCGCCAUGGGGCAGGAUUACUACGCCGUGCUGGAGCUGAGCCACACCGCCACGGAUGCCGACAUUAAGAAGGCGUACCGCCUGCUGGCCUUGGAGAACCACCCGCAGAAAUGCAAGGAGCCGUGGGCGUGGGAGCGGUUCCGGCUGCUGGCUGAAGCCUACGAUGUGCUGAGCGACCGUAAGCCGUGGGGGCUGAACUGCAUAGAGUGAUAGAAUGGCCUGGGUUGCAAAGGAGCACAG